UGCACAGUUUGCAAUAUAUUCUGACUAGUAAAUUAGUGGGGUUUCUUUUUCUUUAUGAACUGGUCCAUCUGCGUCCUAGCCGCUGGCAUAUACAUCUCAGGAAGUUGUGGUCCUUCCCCGUGACAGCAGCAUGGUUUUCUCUCCUUUAGCUUUUUUCCUCUUAAAUAAAACAUAAUUUGAUAAAUUUCAUGGUUUCUGUUCAAUAUCCUGCAAUUGGUUCCAGUGGGACUUAUCAUCCAACCUCUUAAAAUAUCUUCUGCCUUUGUUCAUAAGCCUAGCUUUGUUACUGCCUAUGAAAGCAUAAUGUCCUUUCAUCUUCUGUUCUUAUAUACUAUUGUUCACAAGUAAAACAUUAGUUCCAGACCUGACAUAACUCAUAUAAGUACAACAUUUUGUAGUGCUUGGCGAAUGAGUGUCAGCCACUGACCCCAUUGUUGGCAAGUUGUUUUCCAUGAACGACCUGUACCAUAUAACGUAAUGAACACAUAAAUGUUAUAAUAAUACCUAGAUACCUUACAUUCAUGCCUCCUUCCAUCAAAUGUACAGUAAAUUAUGUAUGACAGACAAAAAAGUUUAUUAACGUCCCACUUUUGUACAUAAAUGCACAGUAAAGCAGUUCAAAAUUAUAUCUAUAUGUACAAAACCACUAUAAGUGUUAUGCAAGACGACUGUUCUAAAAAUUAUAAGAGUGUUCGACCAUUAUAUGCCUUCUUAACACCUCCACACCUGUUAGAAAAAUAAAUAAAGAUCUUUCAGGAAACUAAAUUUCAAAAGAUUAAUUUUCUUAAAAUAAAAAAAUUAUAUAUUAACACACACAUACAAUUGGGGACGAUGCAAUUUAUAGUUACGAAUUAGAAAGUAUAUUACUAUUCAAUACACAAUUGACUAUGCACAGAUAAAUGGAUCAUAUGCAUGUGGAUGAGUCCCUUCAUUAAAAUGUCAUGAUAGGCUCUGGCAUUUGGUUUAAUGAGGCGAUCAUCUGACAGUUAAUUUUCUUUCUGAGGUCUAAUGCGUUGAAACGUGGAUUUACCAAAAGAGCACUUUCUGUUUAAGUUUCUGAGGCAUACUGUUCACUUUCAACAUGCGUUUUACAGAUAAAACAAUAUUGUUAAUGUUCAGGUACAUCUUCAUAACUUCCUGUUUCUAAAUGAUGUAUGUGUACAAUGUAAGUGUGUGCUCAAUUCAGCAUUGAAGUCUAUUUGUCUAAUUUUGUUCUCAGGGCUAUUGAUCUUUGCCCAAUUAUUUGUAGGUAUACAAGACUGUUUAUUAACAGCCAAAUCUUCUAAAGUGGGGUCAUCUGUUUCCUAUGGACAAAUAGAAGUCCAACCUCAAACAGAUAGAUUGCUUUGAAACGCUGGCAAAAAACAUAUCUAACUUGGUCCAUUUUCUUAGUUGGAAAGCUAGCUCCGAACUCUUCCAUGUCAUCUAUUGAAUGUAUGGAAUCUCAGCUGCAUCUCUAUGAGAAAGUGCUAGAGUACUUGGACCAGAGUGGCAAUCUUAAACUCAUCAAGGCGCAGUGUGAGAAACAUAAAAAGAACAAGACUCUGGUGUACAUGUUCAAGUUGCUAAUUAAUCCAGCAGAACUGUGUGAAGCUGACGGUUUUGUACAAGGCAGUUGUGGUGUUAGAGCUGUUACCAGUGGAGUUGACACCAUCUCAAGUGGCUGUGGUCUUGAGACUGACUCAUCUACCAGUCUUUACCAAUAUUAACACUGUUCGACAUGUGAGUUCCCUUACAACAAUCCAUGACCUGGGAAUCUUCUGUAGACUGCGAGGAGUGGUCACUGGGAUAUCUGCCAUCACCAAAUACACGCAUGUUGAGUGUUCGAUACUACUGCCCGGAUACUGACUGUGAAGGUUACUAUGGCAACCAGUAUAUCAGAGUCCAUGUUCCCGGGGCAUCAGAGGCGCAGACUGUUGGGAGAGACUUCAAGUGUGCCUCAUGCCUCUGUACACUGCAGGAGGACAAGUCCAGUCGCACACUGUCUGAGCGUGUGGUAGCUGAGGUAAUCCCAGAGCAAAUCAUCUCCAUACAGUGUCAUGACAUGACCAAAUCCCGCACACAGUCAGUUUCCGUGUAUAUCAGAGAUGACCUUACUAAGCUUGUUGAAAUAGGAGAGACCUAUGAUAUUGUUGGAGUUACCAGAAAGGACAUAAUACAGGAUGGAAUUUUGCUUACACUUGAGGCGAAUAAUGUAAAGAAGGUUUCAAUAGAAGUGUCAUCUCGCAAACUUCUCAAGGAAAUACCCAGAACUGUUUUACAGUUGUACAGUGACAAGACAAAGUCUCCCUUCAGUUUCCCAUUGACGUUAGCUUAUCUUUUUGCAGGUGAUAUCUGCCCUCCUGGGUCCUAUUUUCAUCUGAAAUUUGCCAUCCUGCUGAGUCUGAUGUCCAAAUGGGAUCAUAAGAGCCGUCCUGUACAUGUGCUUGCAGUGGGUCGUGAUAUGGAGAUGAUGUCCCGCCUACUGCAGUAUGGGCUGCGUUUCCAUGACAACACCACGACCCUCACUGCUGGCCAGUCCCUCACUGGCAGAGUCUCACUGGACAAGUACAAUAGUGCACCAUACUUUGUGGAUGGUGGGGUUUUGCAUCUCUCACAAGGGGGUGUCUGCUAUGUUGGAGACGUGAACAGACUGAAGAAGGCACACACGCAGCAAUUGCAGUCGGCUCUUAGCGGCAGUAAGGUUGUGACAGACGUGGGGUCAAAGUUCACAGGAGGACUACCCCACCACCUUGAGCAUGCCCUGAGAGGGCGGGUCUGGGCUUUUGGGGACUCCAGCCCAUCCAAGAGGGCGGUUGCAGAUACCAAAGAUGCAAUAUUUAGGAGCUGUCAGACUGGGGAUAUACCAAUAACAUUACUGGAGUCUUUCAGCCUGGUGUGUUUCCCUGACAGUGGUGACAUGAGCAGCAUAGAGACAGUGGAGAAUGCAAUACUGGAACACACCCUUGUUACAGCAAUGAUCUGUGAAUCAGAGACCAGUCUGCCAAUAUCUGCACAGGACUUCAUACAGUUCAUAAAGUUUGCCAGUAGGUUGCGACCAAAAUUCAGUCGUGGAGCAGAGGCUCUCGUACACAAUUUCUACCUGUCCAGUCGGAAAUCAAGGUCUACAGGAAUGGAUGGUACAGAUGUUCCGGUCAAUGCCGAUCAGACAAUCCUCUCCAUGGCCUACUGCCAUGCAAAGCUGGCGUUGAGGAAUGAAGUUACCCUCGAGGAUGCACUGAUGGCUAUACACUUGUAUGAAGAGUACCUCACAGUCAGAUUUGGUUUUUCUACUCUUAAUGUGCAGCCACUGCCACAUGUGACUCCAGAUCUCCUAAGUUAUUGUCUGGGACCAGAAAAUGACGCCAAAAUGCAGGCCUUUCACAGCAGCUUACUGAGAUACUGCUCUCUAGCAUCAGUUAUAGAGGAGUGACUUACACAAAAACAGAACUUUACAUGUCACCAGUGGGCCACACUCACCUUUAAUAUGUUAUAGGUCGAGUUCUGAUUAUGUUAAACAUUAUAUAAAACCCAGACUCUUGUAUAUUUAUGGAAGUUUCUUGAAAAAAAAUAUAUGAGAAAAUACAAGAGAUUGUUUGUAUGUGUUUAUAAGAAAUUAUCAAAUACUGAAUUCUUGUAAUGUUUAUUUUGCAUAUGAUAAAAGAAUGUGAUAUUGUAAAUGGCUGUGAUACGUAUUAAAUUUGUUGUGUUUUUA